UGUAGAUUAUGUGGGAGGAGGGACCGCUCCUCAGCUCCUCUGCUAUGAAGGACAGGUCGGCCUGGUAGCGGGCCCUGAACGCCACAUAUCCGUCCUCCCGGCGGCCGGACAGGCGAGAUGGACUUCGUGCUGAGCGGGGUGGCGGCCUGCGGGGCCUGCCUGUUCACCAACCCGCUGGAGGUGGUCAAGACGCGCAUGCAGCUCCAGGGAGAGCUGAUGAGCCGGGGCUCGUACCACAUCCACUACCGCAACGUGUUCCACGCUUUCUACACCAUCGGGAAGGUGGACGGGCUGGCCGGGCUGCAGAAGGGGCUGGUCCCCGGACUGGUCUACCAGUUCGUCAUGAAUGGAGUCAGGCUGGGCUCGUACGCCGUCAUCGAGUCCUCCGGUUACAUCCACACUAACGGGAGGGUCAGCGCGGCUAAAACCACGGUAGCAGGAGCUGCUGCCGGGGUGGUGGGAGCCGUGAUGGGGAGUCCAGUAUACCUGGUAAAGACGCACCUGCAGAGUCAGUCUACCUCCUCUAUAGCAGUUGGACAUCAGCAUAAACACCAGGGGCUGGUCCACGCUCUGGCAACCAUCUACAGGGAGCACGGCAUUCUGGGACUGUGGAGAGGCUCCAGUGCUGCUGUACCGAGGGUCUGCGUGGGGUCAGCUGCUCAACUCUCCACCUUCUCCUCCUCCAAGGAGCUCGUCAUUGACCUACAGGUGUUUCCAAAGGACAGCUGGUUGGUGGCGCUGACUGCCGGCAUGAUCAGCAGCGUGGUGGUGGUGAUGUUGAUGACACCUUUCGAUGUAGUGAGCACUCGGCUCUACAACCAGCCCGUGGAUCAUUUGGGCAAGGGGCAACUCUAUAAAGGAUUCGCUGAUUGCUUUUCAAAGACGCUGAGGAAGGAGGGCUUGAUUGGACUCUACAAAGGCCUGGGAGCCUCUUAUUUCCGGAUCGGCCCGCACACCAUUCUGUCUCUGUUCUUCUGGGACGAACUGCGCAAAAUGUACCAGCAAUUCAGAUAACACCAAGGGACCAGGACAUUAGAGAAUGGGUAACUCAUUAAGCUCUGAGUGCAGAGGUUGGAUCUGAUGAGGAUGCUAUUAUGAGUUUAAAGGAAAACCAGGAGAUGAUCUCAUUUCUUUAUGGGAAGGCGAGAGAGCAAAGGUAACAUUUUACACUCCAGUAGGAAAACACAUUAGUCCAGGAAGAGGGUGAAAAUGUGAAAACUGCACAGUUAUGAUGAUAACUCACGCACUGUAGGAACCUCAGAUACAUGUAUGUAAAACUCCUCCGUUACAUCAUUCCAAAUUAUAUAUAACAAUCUGCACUGGAGAAAGCAUCAAAUGUGAGUCACAGUUUGAGGAAAUGAAUGGAUUGUGGUAACAAUCAGCAGCACAAAAACUCAAAUAUGAAAUUCUUUCUUUGCAGAAGAAGUUCAUAAUGUUUUUACUCUUUAAAGUCCAUUGCUGUGUUCCAAUACCCAUACUUACCGUACUCACUGUACUUAGCUUGAGUACGCAGGGUGUUCCGAUUCCGAUCGCGGUGAAAAGAAGUGUACUUAAAGGACCCGGAUGUUGUACUCAUAACGGUCAAAACGUUGAGUGUGGAACGAUGUACACUAUACGCACUCAACGGCUGCCAUCUUGUCUACGUAGCGGAAGAGGCGGAGCCAGGCGGAGCUGCUCAGCUCGAAAAAAAUGUUUGUAAUGGCGGCCGACGACGCCGGCACAUUUUCCACAUUUGCUGCGUUAAUGGAGCCAUAUUGCCGGAUUGUAGAAGUAAAGAUUAAACAACACAAAGGAUAAUUUUUUCGCCGUUUAAAGCCGGAAGUUUUUCGCGGGUGACGAGCCGCGGCGGCCGUCGCGAGCGUCAUUUCCGGUAAGUGCAUCACGGAGUAUUAGAUUUGGAACAACACUCACCUGCUGAAAUCUGUGUACCUUGUGAGUGCGGAUAGUGUACUGCAUUUAAGUGUACUCAUGGAAGUAUGGGUAUUGGAACACACUGCAUGUUACAAAGUGCUUUUCCAAGCCGCAAUGAAACCAGAAAAGGUCAUAAUAUUGUUGUAUUUUAAAAAAAACAGACAAAAACUGUAAUUUAAAGCAGUGAUUCCCAACAGGGGGGUCCCGACCCCUCCAGGGGGGCCCCAAAGAUCCAAGGGGGGUCGCGAAGCCCUCUUUAUUUUAAGGGAUGUAAUAAAUCUAAUGUGUUCAAUAUAGAUGAGUCAACAUUUAAUUCAUUAGUGGGACAAAAACAACUAAAUAAGGGCUACAUUAAAUGUUUAUUCAUUUAUUUAAAUAGAAAAAUCACUAUAGAAAAGUUUAAAAAUAAAGGCUUUAUCGUGAGAAUAAGGACAUGUGUAACAUUCCUCCUGCAGUAUACACAGGUAACCUCACCUAGCGGUAACCUCACCUAGCGGUAACCUCAGCUAGCGGUAACCUCACCUAGCGGUAACCUCACCUAGUGGUAACCUCACCUAGCG